AUGGUGAAUACUGAUGGGAUGAUAAAGAAUGAAUCGUACGACAGAAAUCCCCCUGCAGAUUAUGUUGCUCGUCUUGUCUACAGGUCAAGGUUUGUAAGGUCAUCUGUUGGUUUAUCAAGUGGAAGGAAAUGGAAUUUUGCAAGUAGGUUUGUAAGGCUUGUAGAAUACAAGCUUAUAUUAGCUCUUAAUGAAUCAUGCUUUGUUGACAAAGCAACUUUUAAUGUGUCCCCCUAUCGUUGUUUCAUGUAUGCUCUUGCUCUGAAAUGCAGAAUUUGUUCUUUUACUGAACUGGUACUGUUACAAGAAUUUGUUCCCCUAUCAGUCGCAUGCAUAAACUUCUCUACCAAUCUUUGCAGCAAAAGGAAAGGUCAUAAUAGAAAAGUGUAUUCUUCCUUGCUUGGUCCAAUUACUAGCAUGAAAUUAUCGAAUGUCAUCAAGAAGCAAGCCUGUCGAAUUGUUUCUAGUAUUGCUGCUGGCAGCAAGGAUGAGAUUCAGGCAGUAAUCGAUGCUGAUGUUAUUCACCUUAUUGCCCUACUGAAGGCCCAUGUGGUUAUCUGGCAUUCUAGUGCUCUUCACAUGCAAUCUGAGUGAAUUUAAAUUCAUUAUUGGCUAUGUUCAUGAUGUUGGCCCAGGUGCUUUGCAAUGACUUUUCACUCUGACCACAUAUAUUUGGUUAGCCUGGGAUUUCUGGAGCCACUCUGCAAUGCCCUCAAAUACCAAGAUGUUGAUCUUGAAAUGAGACUUUUUGUGGACCUGUGACUUCUAUUUGGUGAAAGUGACUGAGAAUGUGAGCGCAUGAUCUCAAGGGAGGUUUGUAACUGCAUGAUCUCUGUUGAACCCUGCAAUUUAGAUAUGAUGGCUACGCUAGUACACUUGCAAUUAAAUCAGGCAACACUCUCUGGUACAUGGUGUCUCUUCAAAGAAGAGUUAUAAUUCUGUUUCUCAAAUAACAGACCAUUUUCUACCGACCACGUGUUAUUAUCGCCGCACACCGAUAUGUUCUG